GGAAAGUGGGGGCAUUGGUUUUCAUAAUGACUGGGAAGUACAACUACCAUUUAAUUGGAACAGGAGAUGCCUGCUGAUCCUUUGAAGUGCAGUGCAGAACGCUGCACGUUGAAAAACUUUCUUGCAUAAAAAUGCCACUAGUGCCCCUGUGGGCAAUAAUCAGGAGCACCACCUGGGUCUGGGUACAUUGCUGCUGGGACAGAACUGGGAUCCUGUUUGCAAUGAAGAAGAGGGGAGUCGAAUGGAUAUUGGGCCAGUAACUAGUCAUGCCUGCCACCAUGUCCUUUUUCCUACCAUGAAUCUGGUUUGUGUAGUAAUUUCAACCUAUUUGGAAUUCAUCCGUGACUUUCCCUUUGUCCCAUGGAGUUCCAGGUGGCACAACAGUGCUGGUUGAGCUGACUCCCGACAUCCACAUCUGUGGCAUCUGCAAGCAGCAGUUUAACAACCUGGACACCUUUGUCGCUCACAAGCAAAGUGGCUGCCAGCUGACCAGCACGUCCGGGGCAGUGCCUAGCACCGUCCAGUUUGUAUCAGAGGAAACAGUGCCUGCCACCCAGACGCAGACCACCACACGAACCAUCACCUCGGAGACCCAGACGAUCACAGUUUCAGCUCCAGAAUUUGUUUUUGAACAUGGCUAUCAAACGUAUCUGCCCACGGAAAGCAAUGAAAACCAGACAGCCACUGUCAUCUCUCUCCCUGCCAAGUCACGUGCCAAAAAGCCCACGGUCCCACCUGCUCAGAAGAGGCUUAACUGUUGCUAUCCAGGUUGCCAAUUCAAGACUGCCUACGGCAUGAAGGACAUGGAACGUCAUUUAAAAAUUCACACAGGAGACAAACCCCACAAGUGUGAAGUCUGUGGCAAGUGCUUCAGCCGGAAGGACAAGCUGAAGACCCACAUGCGGUGCCACACAGGCGUGAAGCCCUACAAGUGCAAGACGUGUGACUAUGCUGCCGCCGACAGCAGCAGCCUCAACAAGCACCUGCGGAUACACUCGGACGAGCGGCCCUUCAAGUGCCAGAUCUGCCCCUACGCCAGCCGCAACUCCAGCCAACUCACCGUCCACCUCCGAUCCCACACAGGGACGCGCCGGAGCCCGGAUCCUCACGCCAUGUCGCGGCGCAAGCAGGCCAAUCCCCAGCACUUCAGCUCCGAGGAGCCGCAGCCUGAACGCCAGGAGUUCGCCGAGGCGGCCCCGGAGGUGGUGGGGGAGCCGGCUGCAGAACUAGAUAACGAGGUUCCAAAGCCACCUUGUCCCUCCACCGACAGCGGUGACGUCCAGAAAGCCCCUGUAACUGCUCUUCCUUCAGAGUCAAAGGAACAAACAGCCACCCUUGGGGAGAGGACGUUCAACUGUUGCUAUCCAGGUUGCCAUUUCAAAACUGUUCACGGCAUGAAAGAUUUAGACCGCCAUCUACGAAUCCACACGGGGGACAAACCACACAAGUGUGAGUUCUGUGAUAAGUGCUUCAGUCGCAAGGACAACCUGACCAUGCACAUGCGGUGCCACACCAGUGUGAAGCCCCACAAGUGUCACCUGUGUGACUAUGCUGCCGUGGACAGCAGCAGCCUCAAGAAGCACCUGCGGAUACACUCCGACGAGCGGCCGUACAAAUGCCAGCUCUGCCCCUACGCCAGCCGCAACUCCAGCCAGCUCACCGUCCACCUCCGAUCCCACACAGGGGACACCCCCUUCCAGUGCUGGCUCUGUAGCGCCAAGUUCAAAAUCAGCUCGGACUUGAAAAGGCACAUGAUCGUGCACUCGGGGGAGAAGCCUUUCAAGUGCGAGUUCUGUGACGUCCGCUGCACCAUGAAGGCCAACCUCAAGUCGCACAUCCGCAUCAAGCACACCUUCAAGUGCCUGCACUGCGCCUUUCAGGGCCGGGACCGCGCUGACCUCCUGGAGCACAGCCGGCUGCACCAGGCCGACCACCCCGAGAAGUGUCCCGAGUGCAGCUACUCCUGCUCCAGCGCGGCUGCCCUGCGUGUGCACAGCCGGGUCCACUGCAAGGACCGCCCCUUCAAGUGCGACUUCUGCAGCUUCGACACCAAGCGGCCCAGCAGCCUGGCCAAGCACAUCGACAAGGUGCACAGGGACGAGGCCAAAACGGAGAACCGGGCCCCGCCGGGCAGGGAAGGGCCCCGGGAGAGCAGCGCACAGCACGUGGCCAAGAUCGUGACCCAGAGGGCCUUCCGCUGCGAGACCUGCGGCGCCUCCUUCGUCAGGGACGACUCUCUGCGGUGCCACAAGAAGCAGCACAGUGACCACAAUGAGAGCAAGAACUCGGAUUUGGUCACCUUCCCGCCCGAAAGCAGUGUCUCAGGGCAGCUGGGCACCCUGGUCUCCGUCGGGCAGCUCGAGACGUCCCUGGAGCCCAGCCAGUGCCUCUAGUUCUGCCCAAGAGGGUGGUCAGCUGUCCAGAUGUCCAGGUGCCCCUGCCCAGCCCUCUGCGGUCAGGCCAUCAAGCCAGACUUGCAUCACUAGCUCUGGAGAUGCCUUCUCCAACCUCACAGGCCUGCAGAGGCGAUGGCUGCAGUCCCCGUGGCAUGAGGGCAGGUGCCACGGAGACCCCUCUCCACGUGGCUGUCUUCCCUCCAAGAAUCAUCCAAGCAGGUUGACUCGGCUCCGAGGUGUGGGUCCAUUGAGCACUGCUCUAUCCAAUAGGGAUAGCGUCUUCACAAUGGAUUCCAGUUCUAAAACUAAUCCAUCUCCGAUGGAAUUAUGAAACUCAUUAGACCGACCACAUGGGAAAACUGAAACUACACUGAUCUGUAGAAGGUGAAGGUGAUGGCGGGGUAGGUGGAGGGCCUGGGGUAGCCAGAAAGUUUCGAUUUCUUAACCUGGGUGAUGGUUUAUCAGAGUAAUUCGCCUUAUACAUUUUUGUGUGAUUCCUUCCGUCUGUUGUCUUACAAUAAAAAUGCAAACUCAUCUGUAGAAUGAGGGACACUCCAUUUUUAUGUUCUCCCAUAGACAGGUUACGGUGUGGGGUUCUCCAGUGCCACCCCACCCACCUCCCACCCCUUCCCCUGAGUAAUUUCGUUGUAAAUGCACGUGGGAUUUCUCAGUGUCUUAGCGCUGCAGUGAAGAGAAACGCAGUUUGAUCUGUAGGUGGCACCAAAGAUCAAGCUAACCCCAGCUCAGCCUGUAAUUGUGUGUUGUGAAAUUCAAAAUUUCUGUGCUUGUGUUUCUAAAAGAGAUGAGGGGCCCACUGGGUCCUGGACUUAGUUCUGGGACGUGUGAUGUGUGGGAAAGCCUGAGACAAGUGUCUUUCAUCACCGUAAGCGCUUGGUGUUUGCUGAACUAACAAGCAGGUGAAAACCCAAAUUUCUUGUAAAUGGACAUUUUAUUUGACCAAAGCUUAAGAGGCUGUGGAGUGACAGUUUACGCGAAGUUCCUUUCUUCAAAUACAGCCUUUGUUUAAUACAAAUUCUCGUGUGCCCUUGUCAGCCUAAACAUCCCUGCUUUUAAAACAUUGAAUAGAGUUCAUUGUUUUUGGUAAACUGGGGAAAAGGAUGUGAAAACAGCUCUGUUACUGGUUGUAUAUGGGGGCUGUUUCACUGAAGAUAUAGCUUACUUUAGAAGUUGUGUUUGAACAAAUCGGAUUCCACGGAAGGGUGGCAUCAGGCGGGUGAUAACACAGUUUUGAAUCUUCGCUGUAAGAGGGAAAGAUGGAGUUCACGGCGGAGACCCAUGAUAGAAUCAUUUCUUUGCGUUGGAGUUAUUUUCGGUUGUUCGGAAGGGUUUGGCUGGGGAAUGCUGGUGCAUUUUACAGUCUGUUGUCACCUUUCUGCCAUUUGUCAUGAGCUAUCAAUGUUUCUGUUCUAGGAACAGAAGGGCUGUUGACCUUUCUAGUGGAAACCCAUAGAUCAAAAUCGUACAAACAUUUCUUGUACUUUCUGGUGGUGUAGCUCUUUUGACAAAGAGGAAAAAUAGCCUUUUUGGAAAGCGUACUUUCACAACUGUGUGGGCGUCUAGGGUCUUGGGUCCACCCUGGUAUCAUCUAGUAAAUGUGGAUGCCCCGUAGGGCAGAGGUCAGCAAAAAGUUCUGGACCAGAUAGUAAAUAUUUGAGGCAUCGUGGAGCCAGAAGGUCUCUUUUGUGACUGCACCAGAGCAGCCAGAUGGUGAGAAAAAGAAUCCACGUGUCUGUGUUCCAACAAAACUUUGUAAAGUAAUUCAGGAAGUGGGAGAGCAACCUGGCUAACCCUGCUAGGGUGAGACUUAAAAUACACAGCUAAUUGCCAAAUAAAACUGGGAAACGGCCAUAAUGGCUCAGAGGCUGCUGAUGGGGUGCAGAGCUGGGGAGGCCAAGUUUCUAUACCCACCUCCGUUUUGCAAGGUUGAUAUGGAUCUGAAAGGGGAAAUUGAUUAAUGGAUAUGUUUAUAGUUCGACUUCACCUGGAACCGGGGGUUGGCGAACUUUUUCAGUAAAGGGCCACUUAGUAAAUAUUUUGGGCUUUUCUGGCCUUAGUCUCUCUCGAAACCAUUCAGCUCUGUUCACCUCUGUAACACAAUCACUCAAUCUGCCAUCGUCCCUGAAGCAGCCGUGGUAGCAGGUAAGUGAAUGGGUACAGCGUUGUGGCAAUAAAGCUUUAUUUACAAAAAACAGGCCACGAUUUGGAGGGCCUUCUCUUGCUGACUCCUGAGCUGGGUUGUUUGAGUGCAAGCAGCAGGGUAAUGGGUGAUGGGUAAAAACACGGGAGAAAUACUCAGAAUGCCAACCUUCCCGGGGUCCCUUUGAGGAAGGUACAGCUUCAUGCCAGAGACAGAUGAGUUCCAGAUUACGCUCUGGGACGGGCUGAGUCCUUUUGAUCCACACUGAGUGCAGCUAUAAAAUCUGCAGCGGAGAGUCCAGAAAUCAAGGUGGCAUCCUCUUGCUCUCCUCCGCCCAGGGUUUCUUUCUGCCUUCCAAAGCUGUACAACACAGAUUUUGUGUUUGUCCACGCAUUCAGUUUUUUAAAGAAAAAGGUGAGCCUCAAUUCCUGUUGCCAUGGUGAUGUGAGUCCUUACUCUGAGCCACGCACUGUACUAAGAACUUGACCUGUGUUAACUCACCUCCUUCUCCCAGGUGCCAACCAGAGCUGGAACUGGGGCAAGACUAAGGAGGCCUAGUCACCAAAAACUCGGUCAUCACAUAUUCUAAAGCACAAAGCACAAUCUUUUUAAUUGGCAAAGUAUGGCCCACAGGUCAGCUGCUUUGCUUUUGUAAAUAAAGUUUUAUUAGAAGUUGGCCUGGGAAUUAAGGCAGGGCUGUACAGGGGCAGACUUGGUCCUGUCUUUGAGAUUCUGAUGUUUUUGUUCAUAGUGGAUUUUGCUGCCUUUCGUUUGGUUUUCAGAAAAGUUGCAUUAAAAUAUUGACCCUGAUCAGUGAGAUUUUGGACGCCACUUUGUAUUUGCACCAGAGAGGAUGGCCUCAGCCACCUCACCCUAGUCCCUGCCUCUUGUUCAGAUACAGAAACUGAAGCACGAAGGUGAAGCAACUUCUAGAACAGAGUUGGGUUUCAGCCCCAGGCAGUGUAGAUCCAAAGCCCACGAUUUUAACCAAAGUGCUAGACGGGGUCUCCCAUAAAAAAACAAAUCUUUCGUUAGAGUAAUAAGCUGAUCUCAGUGGGGUGAAGAGAGAACAAUCCAGAAGGAGCCUUCUCCUGUUAAAAGGUGAUGGGGUCGAGGAGGGAGGAGAUGACAGUAGCCCUGCCUCGGGCACCAUCAUCAGGCUGAAGAUUUUACCUCAGAUUCUUGGUUUGCUCGUCUGUAAAAUGGGCCGUUUGGGGCAUUUGGCUUAAUGAUAAAAUCAGCUGGUUUAACACAAAACAAAAACUGGCUCCUCUGUGUCUUUUCUCGUUUAUUUUGUUGGGGGUGGUGAGGGUAACUGAGAACUUGUACUGUGACUUUACGACAUUGGGCUCCGUGGUUUCUGUCCUUCUCACCCCUACUCCGCAGCUUCAUGUGGUCCAAGGAGGUGGCAACUUAAGCUCCAGCCAGGAUGGGAGGAGGCCAUCCUCCCUCCCCUUGGCACGGCUGGAAAGUUGCGCAUAAACUUCUGCUCUCCUCCCCCGGCCACCUGGCCGCUCAGCGGCGUUGCUGUGCAAAGGGUGCUGGGAAAUCGUGGCUCCGGAGUAGCCCGUGCGGAGUUAAAGCCCGGAAGGAUGCUGGGCUCUGAGUGUUCUCUGCCCCCGAGCAGUGGCGCAGACUCUCGAAGGCUCGUUUUCUGUGAAACGCCUGGCACAGGUCCGGAACGCCCGGGGUAUUUCUAUACACAGACAUUUCUGCUUUAUCGGGGCUUUCCCGGGGCUCCCUCUGCCUGCUCUUGGAUACUGGCCACGGCGUUCUUCCGAGGUUUUCUGUCCCUCUAGUCCCGCGGGUCUCAGCUGGCUCCAUGCUGCCGUCCCCUGGGAGGUAUUUGGAGUCGUCUCUGCGCGGAGGGGCCUGGGCAUCGGUACUUUCUCAGGUCCCGCAGGUGACGGUAAGGUGUAACCAGGCAGGUCCGGCUGCUCCAGUGAAGCAGCAGGGCCGUCUUCGUGGGCGGUGCUGUCACGGAGGGCCCCACACUCUGGUGCGUGCUCUGCUGUCGCCGUCUUGGAAUUCUUAAAUUUUUUUUGAACAAGGGGUCCUGUGUUUUCAUUUUGCAUCAAGUCCUGUAAAUUAUGUAGCCAAUCCUGUGAAGGCAAGAAAACGUGCCUAAGAAGGAAGCUGUCUGCAUUGCUGGUACAAAAAAGGUCUCAACCUUUGACACCAAGACUCCUGGCUGGGGAGGUCCAGCCAGGGCUCUGGAUGGAACACGCACCGUGAACCAUGAAGUUCAAGCAUUUCCCUGCACGAUUCCGUUCAAACCUUACAACGAAUGGCAUUGCGUUCACCCUCAGGAGGGAAACUGCGCUUCAGAAAAGUUAACUCGCUCGGUGCCGCAGGUACAGGAUGGUCCAUCCCGGUGUGCUGAACUCCAGGGCCUGUGUGUUAUCUGCAGCCUGACUCUCCCCUUAGUCUAGGGCAUCUUCCACUGGCAGAGGUUGGGGGAUCAGGGAUGGAAACUUUUGAGUUUUAAGUGCUGCGGCAAAAAAAAAAGGACAAGAUCUUUUGCACAGAUGGUGAGGCCUGUAGUUGGAUUGGAAAAAAAAUUUCGAAUGUGAGUGUUGUUGGAUGAUCGGAAAAUGUCCCUAGGCUGUCUGCCCGCAUGCUGGGAGCAAGUAUGGCAGGAAUGACCCAGGUUACGUCCCCCAGCACGGGCAGGUUACACAAUUACAGUCUAUUUUGCAUCGAUACUGAUGGUUGCUGAUAACUGCACUUGAACUCCCCUGAGCGCGAAUGGCCCGUGCUCAGCCGCUCUCAGGGAACACGUGGCGAGGACCUUGCUUAUGCCCCACCUUCAGGUCCCUCUGCUUUAAUAGAGAAGAAAAUGAAGGUAAAGAGGCCUGCAGUCCAGCAGCCGGUCGGGAUCAGACCCCGCGUCUGCGCUCCUUCAAAUACCCAACACCGCCUGCCUGGGAGACCCACAUUAAAGCCAGUUUUCUUCGUGUUUGUUUUUUUUUUUUUUGAGUCCUGAACCCCUUUGUGAACCCAGCGGGCUCUAUCAGUCCCCUCUCUGAGUGAUGUUAAAAGAAUAAAGCAAAAUGCAUUGGUUUGCCAAGGAAAACAGUUAUAUUGAAAUGGUUAUCAAAAUGCUUCUUGGAUUAUGUGCAGUUUUAUUAGCAUCACAGUAAAGGCUGUAACAGCAAAUCCACUAACUAGAGAUCUUAAACAAUGCGGGGGCUAAUAUGAGGAUAAUUUAUAGUCGGCCUCUGGCCUUCCAUAUCGAGGUUCCUCCAUGCCCGCGGAUUCAACCGACCACGACAGUGUAGUGGUAUAGUAUUUACUGUUGGGGAAAAAAAAUGUGUGCGUAAGUACACCGGUGCAGUUCAAACCUGUGUUGUUCAAGGGUACUCGAAUUUUGAAGUAGAAAUGUGCAUAAUAAAUGGUAUUGCAAGAUAGUUACAACAACCAGGCUGUUACAUGAAAAAGUAACUGAUUUCUUUUGUCGACUGAAUCACUGGUCCUGUUAGUGCUGCUGUGGUUUGGUACCUGCAUCCCAGACUGACACGUGCUCAGUUUCAGUAAGAGGCCAGUGAAAUGAGAUUCAUCUUCUUUCCCAUCCGAAUCCCUGGACCCUCUCAAUUACAUCCGUGGGCCCUUUGCCUCGUGUGUUAAGACCUCCGGUGUGAGUGGAAUUUCUGGGGUCUGGCUUUCUCGGUAAAAUUUUGAAUUUGCAGUUGCUUCCAUCAUAACUAGAUCCAUCAGCACCAGCACUGAAAUUUUUUACCCCCUCUAAAAGAAAAAAAAACUGGGGAGGGAUUCACCAAACAGGGCUGUCUGUAAUACCUACGUGCAGCCCUUUCGUGACAAACGGUUCUGAGGAUGGCUUAGUUCUCACAUGGUAGUUUGAGAGACUGUAUAGAAAACAGACACUGUACAUUUGUCACACAAUUCUGAAAUUCUCAAGGCGUCGCACAAACUCACGUGCUCUCACAAUGUGCCGUCUAUUUCUUGAAAGGUCACAAAAGACUGGCUUCAGCCUGAUGCUAAGGGUAAGGAUUUUGUCCAAGGCUGGGGGAGUAACACAUGAGAAAACGAGCUGUUAUUCUGGUAUGUAGCCCAGUGUCAUCUGCAUGUGUUCAUGUUAAGCAUCCUAGGAGGGAAAUGGUUAUUUGAGUCAUACUGGUUGUUACUUGUAGAUUUGAAACAAUCUAUCUUCAUUUCUUUUAGUUUUUGAUCAAUGACCCCUUCAUAUUUAAGAGAAGUUCACGUCUUGUGUGUCGUUCUUUCGAAACACAUAGACGUCUCUGGAUUUUGAAAAGAGCUUGACGUAUCUCCUUCCAUUGUCCAUUUGUCCCUUGCUGCAAGAAGAUAUUUCUAACAUCCACAUCUGAGGGAAUCAACAGUGCGGGCAGCAUUUAGAAAUUUUUUUUUUUUGUCUUUAAAAGAAAAAUAUUCUAGAUACUCAUUUCUCUCCUGACCCUAGCCCAGUCUCCAGCGCAAAGGUCGGCAAACAUUUUUGUGAAGCUGGUAGUAAAUAUUUUAGGUUUUGCAGGCCAUGUGGUCCUCUUGCACCUGCUCAACUCUGACCUCACAGCACAAAGGCAGCCGGAGAUGACUCAUAAAGGAAGGUGCAUAGCAGUGUUCCAGUAAGUCUUUCUGGACAGUGAAAUUUGAAUUUCAUGUGAUUUUCCACCACAAAAUAUUUAUUUUUCUUUAAUUGUCUCAACCAUUUAAAAAUCUACAAGCCAGUCUUAGCUUGUGGAUUAUACAGAACAGGUGGUGAGUGACCACGAGGAACACCAGGCAAAGGAUGCGGGGGAUCUCAGUGUUGCUUCCAUGACCGCACGUGGCUCUACAAUUACCUCGGUAAAAAUGUCAGUUAAAAAAAUAAACUAACAGGUAGUUGGCUGGAUUUAGCCCCCAAACUGUCCGUUUACAUCCCCUGCCAGUCAGAACUUAAAUGAUACUUAAUUUUAAACUUCUCUGCAGAAUUUCUUAGAUUGUUUUUGACGUGAACGGAAUGUUUGAAUAGGAUUUUUUCUGACCCGUGCUGUUCCCAAAUACUGGUUUAUAUAUUGCAGUUCAGGUACAAAAGCCUCAGCCGUGUAGCUGUUGUAAUCGAAGAUUCUAGUGUGCCUUAUGUAUCUAAGUGAUUCCAAGUAAAUUGACGUAUGUCAAAAUGUUUGCUUAAUUAAAAAGGUCUUCCUAAAUGUGAAAGUCAUUUAUAGAAAGUUCUGUGGUCUUAAAAUGAUUUCUUUUAAAAUAAUACUCCAUACAUAUGUCUUUUUGGUUUUUUUUUUUAAUCCAGCAAUAUGAGAGGAAAGGCAGUGAAGUCUCUCCCCCACCCUAGUCCCCCAUUUUCCCCUCUGGGAGGCAGUCACCAUUAGCAGUGCCUGUAUCUAUAAAAGUUUUGGUUUAAAAUUUGUCAUCAUGGCUGUCUUUUGGGAUUAGCUGCCAGAAAUAAUCAUUAUAGGAGCUACCAGUGCCAAAUGGUGCUCCGAACCUCACAAACAUCUCUACUCCACACAGCAACUCUCCAGUGUCGAUGAUGCUGGCCCCACUUUACAGAUGGAGUAGAGUCAUCAGGUACAAGCAGGUCGGGGUGUCUGUGUGGUUUUGUGGUUUGAUGGGCUGAAACCCUCCUGAUGCUGAGUGACUGUCGGUACGAUGGUGACUGAGACACUUAAAAAGAUGAGCCACUUUCUGGUAUCAAAAGUGUUCUCUUAAGAACUGUCAAUACUGCAAAGCAACUUUGUUUUAUUACAAAAGCAAUAUGCAGUCACUGGAGGAAAUGUAGGAAAGCAAAAGAAAAAUUGAAAAUCUAUAAUUCAGUCAUUGCAACAUCUUGCUUUGGGGGCCACCUCCAGCCCAGAGGCAGAAAGGAAAUUUUCCAUCAUCAACGCAGUGAUGAAAAGCUUUGUGGAGAGCUGUGGAAUACAUCCUUAUUUCCCGAAGAUGAACUUUAAAUAUAUGCUAGCAUGGUAGUUGAGCGCCCAGAGGCUACAGUUCGAAUACCUGGUUCGCAUUCUGGCUCUGUCAUUUUAUGAGUUGUAUGACCUUGGUCAUACUACUUAAGACCUUCUAUGCCUCAUUUUUUUUAACCUAUAAAAUGGAGAUAAUCAUAGCACCCACUUCACAGAGUUGUCAUAAAGGUUAAAUAAAGUUAAUCUACGUAAAGAGCUAGAACAGGGCCUGGCAUGGGCUAAGCCCCAGAUCAGACUAGCUGAUUGUAAUUCAAAAUGUUUAAAGAGUAGUUAAUAAGUGCCAACAAUUCUCAAUUAAGGAAUUUCCUUAAUCCUCAAAUCAGUCAUGUGUGACUUUGGAGUUAAUCACAUAUUUUAUGUAUUAGAUUUACUUUCUUAAUAGUAAUUUUUGAUGCACCUACUUGAACCAGGACAAACCUUCACACACCUUCCCCUUUAUCCUCUUCUCUUCGGUCAAGUAAGAAGCACCUGUACUUUGAAAAUAAACAGAUGUAAUAGAAAUAAGUGGACCCAAAAGAGAAGAAAGCACCUUUUCACCAUAAAUAAAGCUUAAUUCCACAGCCAGAUAAGGGGGGGAAGAGCGUUCACAUGGUCUGUUAGAGGGAGACUUUUGGAGGGGACCAGUUUAGUGGUAUCUUCCAAAAUACUAAAAUCUGAGUUCCCUGUGACCCAGCAGUUCGACUUACAGGAAUUUCUCACAUGGAAUUAACCUGACUAGGUGUGCAAAUGAAUAGGUACAAGGAUGUUCAGAGCGGCACUGUUCACAAGAGCAGUUAACGGGAUACAGCCAAACGUCCGUGAGUACAGGUCUGGGCAGGUGACGUUACAGCCGUCCAGUCGUGACCACACGUCACUUUAAAAAGAACCAAAGUGUGGCUGACCCAUGUGUGUUGACGUGCAAGUGGCUGAAGGUCAGUUAGUAAGUGGGGUGGGGGGCGGAAUUAAGCUGCAGAGUACUCUGUACAGUUUAAUCCCCAGUGAUGUUUUUAAAAAAAGGUGUAUGCGUGAAUAUUGUCUUCAAGGAUGUGAAAUAACUUUGAUGGAGGCUGUCCCUGGUAAGUGAAGCAGAUGUGGGAAAGAGGAAGGCUUUUAUUACUUGAAUACCCCUCUGUUCUGUUAGGCUUUUUACAACAAGCAAGUAUUAAAUGAAUAUUUUUUAAAAUAGCUUUUAAGUUUAUCCACCAGAUUCUCAUCUGCUUUGCCGGUUUAUUUCUGUCGGUAUCCAUGUUCUAAAUAUAAAUGAUGUAUUAAUUUCAGUGUGUAAAAUCCUAGGAAUUUCGAAGUUCCACGAGCACUCACUGCUUGUUUUACUUCUUCUAAUCUCUGCCUCCGCACCUGUCUCUCCCUCCCACCCACCUACUUGCCUUUAGGCACUUUUUAAUCUCAUUUUCUCGAAAAAUACUUGGACAACCAACUGAAAAGUGCUCUUUAAAAUGCAUUUUGUGAAUUGCACAGAACCUCUUUCCACAGGUGAGCGUGGAAGAACUGAUCGCUUUCCUGGGUUUCUUUGUUAUUCUCUGACAUUCUAGCUUCAGGAUGAAAUAGGAAUUUAUCCGAUUAGAGCAGUAGUCAUUUCAGCAGCUAACCUUGUUUCUGCCCCAAAAAUUCAGUCACAGAGUAGAUCUAUUCCCAGAUUCCAUCUAGAACUCACCUUCCAUGCUUAUGGUUUCUUUUAAUAAAAUAUCUCUUGAAGAACAUGACUGCACCUCUUCUGAACAGGUAAUGUGCUGGGGUAAUAUAGUGUAUUUCUGCAUCACACCAAAAGGAAAUAGUGAUCUUAGUUUUUUUUAAAUUUAAAACUAUUGCAAUAUAGUUACUUCUAUUAUAUAAAUUAAAUUCAUGCUUGUAGAAAAUACGAAAUAAUACAGGAAAGUAAAAUUACCUAAAAUCAAGUCCCAAAUCCAUAGGCAGCAGCUGCUAACAUUUUGCUCCUUUUUUUUUUUUUUCCGUCUUUUGCUCUGCUUAGUAUGUUUUUACAUCAUUGUGGAAUGUGUGUUGGUAUAUACACAAUUUGAAAUUUAUUUUCCCCUCUUUGUAACCUAACAUGGCAUUUCUUCAUUCUGCCAAAACGACGUAAGUUACGUACCAUUACUCCCUUAGUGGACAUUUGGGUUUCUUUUCAUUUUUUUAUAAUUAAAAAUUAUGCUGCAUUUAUCAUAAUGCAUAAAUUUCCAUCUAUAGGAUUAUUUCCUUCAGAUAGAUUCCCAGAAAUUGAAUUACUGGGUGAAAGUUCAUGAACGUUUUUAAGGCUCUUGCUAAGCGUUGCCGAAUUGCUGUCUUCAAAGGUGGGGCCGGUUUCCCCUCGUCAGCAAUGCUGGAAGGCCACGCUGACUUUCCUCAUCUCCAAAACUGAGUAUUAUUUUAAGUACUGUGCUAAUUUGGAUAAGCUGAUUAUCAUUAUUGCCUUAGUAACUUUUAAUGACAUUAGUGGAGGACUUUUAAAAAAUCCAUAAUACAUGAUCCUAUUUUUGUGUAGUUAAGUGAUGUGUAUUAAAUUUUAAAUUGGCAAAAAAAAAA